UGUCAGUCCCUUCCCACAGGGCUUGCCCACCUGUACUUGCUUGGGACCACCAGUCUUCAGUCAGUCCUUAAAACAGCAGCUUUCUUCGAUUCCAAUCAUAGUUUUUUUUUUAAAAAAAGGAAAGCAAAUACAGUUUGCAUUUGGUAAACCAUCUGUCUACGGAGUGGAGAGACACGCAUGUGAAAAGAUAAUUUGCAAAGCAGACAAGGCGGCGGCGUUGGGCUUCUUGAUGAAUAGAGUAAAAGCGGUUUGCCUAAUGGGGAAACAUGUAUUACUAUCAAACGAGAACCGAGAGUAUCCCACCUGGAGAAAGCCAAGCAGGCUUUCAUAUCUGAGAAGCACAGCCCGCUGUGCCCGCCAGCCACCCCCCGCCCGUCUGAUUUUCCUUAACAUAAAGGCCGACCUACCUGCUUAACGCUAAUUAGGACGCGGACGGCCGCGGCGGUGCGGCCGGACGUCGGAGGCCGCGGGCGCGUGCGUUUCUCCCCCCUGACCCCUGUGUUGCUGUCUCCGCAUGCAGGAACCAUGGUCAGCAAGGACUCCGGCAGCUGCGCGCUCACCACGCCCGAGCGGGAGGUGGAAGUGGAGAUGAAAUACGCCCUGGACCCCAACCGGCAGAUCAAGAAGCGGAACAAGGCCCUGCAGGUGCGCUUCAAGGACAUCUGCGAGGCUCAGAACGAGCAGCGGGAACCCCAGCCGGCCGCCUCCUCGGGGCCGGGGGCCGAGAGACCGGAGGCCCGGCCCGUGUCGUGCAGGGCGGCCUACCGCAAGUACAUGACCGUGCCCGCGCGCCGCUCCAUCCCCAACGUCACCAAGAGCACAGGGGUGCAGACCUCGCCCGACCUCAAGAAGUGCUACCAGACCUUCCCCCUGGACCGGAAGAAAGGGAACCUCAAAGGGGUCCCCGGCGCAGAUCCCUGCCGGAGCCACGACAACGGCUUCCUCCCCGAUGCCCGGGAGAGAGGCGGCGAGGCCGGAGCCUCGGGAGACCCGCGGCCCUGCAGCGCGGGGCGGGUCCACAAGACCACGGCCUUGGUGUUCCACUCCCACGAGCACAUGAACGCCCUGGAACAGCCGUUGGGGGUGAACUGCGCAGAGCCCCUGAAGAGCCCGGAUGAGCCGGGACACCCCGACCCUCUGCUCCAGAGCUUCUCCCAGCCUCCCUCCGAGGAACCGGCUCACCAGCUCGAGGGGAGAGCCAGGCCCGGCGGCGGGACCCCCGACUCGGAGGAGCCCCCCCCGCCCGCCCACGGGAGGGUGUUUAAGACCGAGGUUGCCGCGGAGUACCCGCCCGCCGUCGGUGCCAGGACCCCCGAGCCCGGUUUGUCAAACUCUGCCGCCGCCAGCCAGGGGUCCCUCUGCCCCGCGGAGGAGGAGCAGAGGCGCGCUGCCCAUCUCAACGGGCUGCAGAGGCCCCAGGGCCCCGCCGCGGCCUGCUCGCCCCCGGUGCCGUGCCUGGCCCCCGAAUGCGGCGGCCGGGCCCCCCCGCGGCCCCAGCCCAGCCCCACGGCCCAGGCGGCGGCGGCGGCGGCGGCGGCGACGGCCGGCGAGGAGAGCCAGCAAAUUGUGCCUCACACGGAAGUGGUGGACCUGAAGGCCCAGCUUCAGGUGAUGGAGAACUUGAUCAGCUCCAGUCAGGAGACCAUCAAGGUGCUCCUGGGGGUCAUCCAGGAGCUGGAGAAAGGAGAGGCCCACCGGGAAGGGCUUUCAUAUCGGACGGGGCAAGACACAGCUAAUUGUGACACAUGCAGGAACAGUGCAUGCAUUAUCUAUAGUGUGGAGCUGGAUUUCAAGCAGCAAGAAGACAAAUUGCAGCCCGUGCUGAAGAAACUGCACCCCAUCGAGGAAACUCAGGUUGUACCUUCGCCUUACACGCAGGAGACUUACUCCUCGACGCCCAAGCAAAAAUCCAAAACUGAGUCCAAAAAGCACGGAAGAUGGAAACUCUGGUUCCUUUAAGACUCACGGUGAUCAGAGUCUCGAGGCCGUCUUUAAAGCCCACAGGAGUUAUUAAGUCAGUCCUCUUCCAAAACGAACGGCAAUGGGAUGGAGGUAACUGAGGCGCCGGCUCCCACGCUCCCCGCUUCUCGUCCUGUGUUCCUACCAAAAAGGCCUUUGUACCAACAGAUCAUUAACAGAGCAAGAGAGUAAAGGGCACGCCUAGCCAGCUGCUCUUUCCGGUUCUCUGACGCGGGAUAUAGAAUCAGAGGGAAAACCUAUGUAGUCAAAGAUGAUCAGUAAAAAUCCUCCCCCGGCCCCACCCGUCCCAAGGGUGGGGUCUCACUCCCCGGACACAGCUGACGCCCAUAGAGUUAUUUUCAAGCCUUUAUUUUUUUUAAAUACCGAGAAGAAACAAGCAAGCCUUACGUUUGCAAAGGACUUCAUUUUUACAUUUCAUUUUGCAAACGAAGCAAGGGGGCGGGAGGGGGCGGGGCAGUGCAGCUCUCAGCACACCAAAUUCCGGAGAAAGCACAAUUUUUUCAAGUGGUCAGAGACCAUGAAUAAGCUCUCAAAUGUGACUUUAUGUGUAUUUGCCUUCAUGUGCUGUCGCGCUAAGCCAAGUGACCACAAUUCAGUGUCACACCGACACCUCAAAUUUAGCAUCCUCUUCAUCUCCAGACCUAUGACAUGUUUACUGCUCAUUUUCCAAAUGGCCAGCAGCCAGGAGAUCCCCAAUGUCAGGACAUGCCUUUAAUCACUGCGAGUUGACAGGGUCAGAGCUUACAGGACUCUAAGCUUUCUAAGAUCUAGUUUUUAAUCUUUUGGUACCCAAAGGCCAAAUGAUACACCCUGGCAAGAAUUUGAAAACACACAUCGAGAUACACAGUGGAUAAUACUGUCACCAAUAAAUCACAGGCUUCCUGCCCCGGCAGGAAGUGUUUUAGUGGAUCAAUCCUGUGCCCCCCGUGAGCACGGCCAGAUUUUUCACACAAUUUGUUCACUCUGUCACAGCUGUACAAGAUCUGGCCACCUCAGAGUGAAAUGUGUGUUUCCUUUAGCUGCUACCAAUGGACAAACUUAAUAUCGCCUACAUGUAACUUGUUAGUAAGUUGUACUACGCGACUACGUAGGGGAAAGCUGUGAAAUCCAACGUUUUUAGGUAUUUUUUAAAUGCACAGUAACACCCAGAGUUCUUUUUGACUGCGCAUCGCAACCAUGAAUCUCUGUUCCUUUAUUUUUCCACUGGUUUCUUUGCACCUUUGCAAAUAUCUUUUUUAUAGAAACAGAACUCCCCUAGUGUGCUAAUGAAUCUGUCUAUCGAUUUUUUUGCUUUUCAUAAUAGGAAGUAGGGACUUUUAUUUUUGCCUUUUUUUUUUUUUUGGUACAACUGAAAUUUUGAACAGUUUGUGGAUAUACCAGAAAACCUAGUCUUCAAGUUUCUGUGCAGCAGUCUGGCCUCCCGUCUAACUGUGUGUUCCCACACACCUCACCGCUCAGAGGCCAAAGACAAAGUGGUCAGCCUCAGAAAAAGGGUCUCAACUUGCGUCCUUCGCAUCCAAGCGACGUCUUGCCACGUAUUUUCUUCCUGACUCAACAGAGAUUUCAUUUUAGUUUCCCAAGUAUUAGGGUUCUAAGAGAACCCAGUGAUCCGUAUGAAAUCGGAUCUGGAUUUUGAAGAGAAUAUAAAUCACAUAAAUAUCCAACAAGAUGGUGGGGCUAUAUUUAACACCUGUGUGAGCGUGCGCACGCACACACACACAAACACCUUUGGUGGAAACACUCUCUAACCAUUCGCAUCUCUGAAUAGCAGUAACUGAAGUGAGACCUUUCUUGUUGUGCAAGAAGAGGAGCAAGUAGACCCUGCACCAGGAAGGAAGUGCAAUUGUUUCAUGUAGACUCAAUACUUAAAAAUGUGUUUCAUGUUUUUUAUACUGUUUUUAACUAAAGUUAAAAGUUUGCAACAAGUUAUCUUUCCUUAUGUCAGAAGAACCCCUCCGCCCCCGCCCCCCGUACUUUCUAACUAGUACUGCGCAGCAUCUAGAUGAGACCACAUCCCAUCCCGGAGAUAUCACCAUUUCAAACUAGUCUUGACCAAAAAAAUACAAAGAUCAGCAUUGUCGGAGUCAAAAACAAAAAGAAAACUCGAAGGAUAAACUAAUUCCACCUUAAAAAAAAAUAAUACCAUCUCCCAAAUAGAAAAAUAAAAUUUCAAAACCAUUUCCUGGGUUGACUGCAACACGUCAUUGACAGAUGGUGAUCCUUCUCUUGGGAAGAUUUAAGUAAAAACUUUGAUACCAAACCAAGGUAAAUCAGUCUUCCCCAUAUGUAGACGUAACUCAUGCUAUUACAGGUAGACUUAAAUUAUUAUACUUGUCAUUAAGUUCUUUACUAAUUUUUAAAUAAAAAAACUCAAACACGA